UUCCUAAACCCUAAACGGUUAAACCCUCCCUAAACCCUAAACUAUUUUCCCCUCUCUCUAACACUUCUCCUCUGCAACUUUGCCAUCACUUCUCAGUUCAAAGUUGUGUUUUUUUUCAACCUUUUGCUCGAAGUUUACAACUUUGGCCUUAAAUUAAGGUUGCAGCCUAGCAGGUGCCUUGUGGAAUUAGUCAAGGUGCGCGCAAGCUAGCCCAGAGACCGCGGUUAUCAAGUUGUAAAGAAAAUUCUAGUGGUUUGGCUGAAAAUUGAAAAAAUCAACAGCAAAAUUUCAGCUGCUAAUCCUCCUUUGCUGCUAACUUGCUCCUCUCCAUCUCUUUCGCCAGAUAUUUUCAUUUUGUCUAUCUUCAAUGGAACACGGUUCAUUCGAAGAUCAAUCAAAAGCAACAUUCUCGUUGACAGAUGAGGACCACACACUGGCAAAUGCUAUCAGAUACACUCUAAAUCAAGAUCCCCGAGUAACAUUUUGCGGUUACAGCAUUCCACAUCCUUCUGAUGCUCGAGUUAACAUAAGAGUUCAGACUACUGGUGAUCCAGCAAGGGAGGUAUUGAAUGAUUCAUGUCAGGAUCUAAUGCUUAUCUGCGAGCACGUUAGAGGCACAUUUGAUCAGGCUAUUUUAAAGUUUAAAACUGGAAAAGGUCUGAGCGCUAUGGAUAUCAAGAAAUGAUUGACUAACUAUAUAGCCUUCUGUCCGUGUGAAAUUUUGUCACCUUUUGCAAACACGGGGGAAAAUUUAAAUGUUGUUGCUUCAUUUAUUUGGUGCACAAAGUUGCUUUUUGCAUAAUCAUGCUAUAGAAUGCACCUUGGAUUGUAUGGAAAUUUAGUGUGCACAUUGGUUGUUGUAAGUAGUAAUUUUAUGUUCUAGUUUAUGUGAUAGUGAAUCAUGGAUCUUUUAUCAGCUUGCAUCGCUGUAAAAGCUAUAUAAUUGCGUGUCCUUUUUACUGGUUCGUGGUU